AUGUCAGGCUUGAUCAAUGGCCAUUCACCAUCAUCCCCUUCUCAAAGAUUUUGUUUGUUGUUGAUAUCUUUGUUGACCAUUCAUUGUGUUGUUGUGGUCAAUAUUCACUCACCGACAUGGUACUAUGUUUCCGCACAAUAUUUGGCUCACUUGGUGUAUUGUUCAGUGGCCAACACGACUCUCAUACCAGCCAGUACCAUGAUGACUCGACAACAACCUGGAAUUUUGUGUCCUUUUGGUUACAUCAAGCAAACCAAUGUAUCCUCAGGCACAUUCAUUUGUGUGAGUGUGAGAGAUUUAUUGACAGAUUUAGUUGAUCGAAAGGAUUGUGUGCUUCCUCCGGGAAGAAAUGAAUUCUCACUGCCAUACCUCGAUCCGUUGAAUUGUAUCUUUAAUUUUAUGUAUUGUGCAACAAGUACGAAAAAGUGUAGCUUGUUUAAUACUCGAAAAUUGGGAGAUUCGUGUGUGGAUCGACACAAUUGUGUUGGGUCAUUGCAAAAACCUUACAUUAAUUGCCAUGAAGGAAUUUGCACGACAUUGAAACCUCUUCCUGUUCUCCCAGUAGGUUCCGUGUGUAGUGUGAAUCCUACAGCCGAGAAUUUGGCGUUCAUCAGUUACCAGAAUAAUACCUUUGCCACAUGUUCAGCUGACUCGUCAUGUAUGAUUACUUUGUCUGGUUCCAGUAAGUGCGUCAAAAAACACUCACAAAAAGCACAGCCCUAUGCCUCCUGUGGUCUCGUGUAUGAAAAUCAAGAAGGAGGACAAGUUGUAGAAAGUAUCAAGGAAUGCGUGGAUGGUCAUGUCUGCAACUCGAAUUGUGUUCCCAACUAUGGAGCCCCAGAUUUUGGAGACGUUCUUCGCUUUCCCUUUCGUAGUGUGGUGCCUUUCACAAAUGACCCAAAGAAGCUUAUUUGGAGUUCGACCUUCAUGUCGGGACGUAAAAAGUAUGUCCCGAGAGGAAAAACCAUGUGCACCAAUACAGACUAUGAGUGCAAUGGAGCUUCUACGGACAAUGCCAUUCAAAUCAAAUCAUCGUAUUCGUACAUGAGAAAAGAAGCCAUUGCUGGAUUUCAAGGACUGAGUAAGUGUGAUCUCUCUCAGAAACAAUGCCAACGAGCAUUUAGCUUGCUGAAUGGUCAUGCUUGCAACUAUCAUUCCGAGUGCCGUUCUACCUAUUGCUCACCAAAAAGCAAUCAAUGUGAAGACAUUCCAAGUCAUAUACCUUGUGGUCCAAAUUCUAUCAACGCCUCUGUUUCAGAAUGUCCUGGUUUGUCUCAAUGUGUUUGUGCCAAUCUUACGAGCGCUUAUUGUGUGAAUUUAUGUUUUGCAGAAUUGACAGAUUUGCGUACCUGUGCUUAUAAUUUUGGAGUUUUUGGAAUCAGUAAUCCAAUUUCGAAAAUGGAAAGUACUCUUAUACCAUUCUUUGAUUCGAAAUCUUCAAUAUUCUCAUUUGAAAAUGGAACCUGUCGAGUACAUUUGAGAAAGUAUUAUUCAUGUAUGCAAAAUGCUCAACAAGAGCUUGGAUUGAAUAUUCAACAAAUUGUCCAUGACGAAGAAACACCUCAAAACGUUCGCUCGGUGAAAGAACCGAUAGACUCUGGUGCCAGUAGUGAAGGUUUUCUAGAUGAACCUGACGACAUGCUUCAAAAUCUAUACUUGCAAGGUCAUACACAAUGGUCAAGCUCAUUGAAUUAUUUGGUUCUUGCUGAAAUGAAUUCGAGUUAUGUUCCCAAACCCAUUCAUAACAUUUCUGACAUUUCACUUGCAACGAUUGAUUUAUUCAACGACCCUUCUAAUCGAUUGAAUCAAAUUUCUCCAAUUUAUUCCAAUGUCAAUGUUUCCGAACAAGUAGUGGUCUAUAUUUUAGAAAGAAUGGCUGGCUUAAUUCCCCGAUACAAGAGUAAGGCCAUUAAUUUUAAUUCGACUUUGAAUGUGUGUGGAUGUUGCACACCUCAAGUCACUCAAUUUUUACAAUCUUCCCUAACUCGAGGUAUCAUUUUGAAAGGAAAUGAUUCGAAUAUUCUCACACAAGGUGCUGUGAAUUUUCAAGACUUGUCUUUAAGCAACACAAUCUCAGGAUUUGAACCUAUUAUGGGUCAUGAUUCUUUUUUGAAUAGAAAUUGGUAUGAAAAAUGUGAUAUUAUUUUGGUGCCACCUGAGGACAUUGAUGUCAUUACACUUUCGAUCAAGAAUAACAUGCUCAUCUUUGAUAACAAUGAAACAAGUGGAGAUAUUGUCAAGGAAUUGGAACAAAAAACCAUGAAGGAUUUGUUCCUGGUAUUGAUAUCCAAUUUACCAUCCAAAAUGCUUACAUUAUCGAGAGAUGUUCGAGACGCAGCCAUGACUGAUGAACAAGUAUUACGAACCGUAUCGUCGCUGAUUCAAGACACCAUUAUCCAAAGUAUGACCAGAAUUUCACAGAUAUUCAAUCAAGUCCAAAACUCCAAUUCUAGUGAAUGUUCACUCUUCAAUGCAACAUUUGAUGUAAAGACCUACCAUCAAGCGAUAUUCUCGUUCUCUUCCGAAUGGGAUAGUACACUGUUUCCUCUUGCCUAUUCCGAGUUCAUCAUUGAAUUCGAUAAUUGGUUUUUUGCACAUGGAAUUUCUUUACCAAAAUUUAAUGUUACAAAUGAUUCCAUGAUUGCCAUUCUGGACAAGUUAGCAAAUCCAAAAUGCUACAGUAGCUACAAUUCAUAUUUAGGUGUUUUUCACUAUAACGAUGCAUCUAAAUACUGGGAUUUAAUCUUGAAAGAUGCCAUGUUAUGGUGUGUUAUUGCAUGUUGUGUUAUAUUUUACAUCAUUGUGGCAUUCACUUAUAGAGCGAGCUUUGCCAUGAAGAGAAGAUUAUUUGCACCAUUCAUUGGACCGUUUUGCAUCUUGAUUAUUUGCUUGGUGUAUAUUGAACCGAUUUUAAUGUCUCUUUUUAAGAGCGUUGGAAAGAACAUUGUGCCUUUCAUUCCCAUUCCAAACUUGUGCAUGUCACUUUUGAGUGCUUCUUACAUUGCAGUGUCUGUUCGAUUUUAUUAUCUUCGAAAUUUGUAUCCAAUUAGAAAGGGAUUAGACGGAACCAUGCAAAAUAGAACAGCCAACUCGAGCAUGAAAUUGUACCGAAUUAUUGCUCAACCUUUUGUCACGUUCUUGAUCACCAUGAUCAUUAUGGCAGCUCUUUUUGCAAUUUGGUUUGGGAUCUUUUAUGGUAUUUUGGACAGAAUUAUAAUUAAGAGUUUUGGAAGAUUUGAAUGGACUCUUCAAUUUGAUGCCUCUCUUCUGGCAAUUACCACUCAAUUUGUCUUCUUGAGUGUGACUUCCAUACUUUGUCUAACCGUUGAUGCAAUAUUCAAUUGGAAAAAGAUUAAGAAAAAUGGAAUUGGAUAUUAUUUCAUGUUUGAUGAUCCUUUUCACAUGAGAAUUGAUAUCAUUUCACAAUUACUCAUCUUUAUCAUUUCAAUUAUUGUGAUAUUGGAUAUUUUCGUUUGGCAUACUCUGAUCGUUAAUAGAAUUGGAAUUGCUCUCUAUUUUCUAUGUACCUUAAUGAUCUUUGGUGGAAAUAUUGUUGCGAUUGAACUUGUAGCGCUUCUUCGGAAGAAGAGAGAAAGUACAUUUUGUUUUGCUUGUUUUACUGAUCGACCCGAUGUUCUUGAAACAGAAUGGAUGUCCAAUAUGAAAGAUGUUGAAUUUAGAGGUUUACAACAGACCUAUGCAAAGAAUGAAUUCUCUCUUGAAAACUUUAUCAUGUUCGAACACUUGGAAUCACUCGAAAAGAAAAAGGAAAUCAAUGUGGAUGACAUGCAAAAUUUGCAAUCCACUUUUCUUCACACCUUGUCACCCUAUGCUGUCAAUUUACCUGCCUCAUGUCACACUCGCUUUGAUCAAUUGUUGGAGAAACUAGUUCAAGAAAGUGUAUCGACUCUACCCAUUCGUGAGCUUGAUUUCAUCAAAAACGAAGUCAUUGCUAAUAAUUUGGAUACCUUUAGUCGUUUGACCAGCACCACAGAGUAUCGACGAUGGAAAGAAGUAGCAUCCUUCCAAAAAGAAAUGCAUGUCAAAUAA